CUCACGCGCUUUGACAGCUAACGUAGACGAUUUCAGUUUACUAGUGUACUUGCCAAAAUUACUUACGCUGUGUAUACAUAACAUUUUGUCCGAAUUGAUCAAGUAUUUGAUGUUUUGUAAAGUUAGUGUUUUGAUUGGAGAAGUUGUUUUCGUUUGUUUGUUUGUACGUUAGUCGGUAAAGCCUCGUGCUUUACGAGCAUCAUUUUAUGAUAUGCAGCGUCUUCCGAUUGACGGUCGCCUUUUCUGUGUAAAUGAUUGUUUAUUGAUUUGUCAUUAAACAUCAAACACUAAAGGGAAAACAGUCUAUUUCGAUGACUUGAACUGUUGUUUCCCGUAGUUUCGUUUUUCCAAGACUGGCAUAUUAGCUGUCCUGUUCCCGCCCAUACACAUUUCAGUUACAAAGUACAAAUAGUGAAAGUCAACACAAAAUAAUGAGAGGGAUGCGCAGGAAACACACGCCCACCUGAUAGAAAAGUGGAAGCAUGUAGCACAGAUCACUCGGAAGACUUUUAAAGACACCUAUCUGUGUUUCAUCAGUAUAAAAUGUCAAGUAUCCUCAAGCAGCACUUCACCUCCAUGGUGAACGAAUUCAUUCCACUUGGUGCUCCACGGCGUGACGGUGUAGAUGGCACACCACAUCCUGUGUCAGGAAGUCUACGUCUUAAACCUUGUGAGAAGACUUCAAAACCUUUGAUCUCGCUGCCUAAAUUGACCCCGCCCACCAAACAUCCUGAGCUGGAGCAGAGGGACAAGUCCACUUCGGCUGCACUCAAAUCCUCCAACAAGAGACCAGAACAGGAUAGUAUUCCGGAACGCAAAACUGUUGUGAGAAAACUUCAACCAAGUAAUGGAAACAUUAACCCCAGGAAGAAUGGCUCUGUCAAUCCCAUGGUUAAAAAGGACAUCUUGCGGAGAACAAGUUCUUACAACAGAGACAGAGAAAUUUCUUAUGCUCUCAGUAAGGAGUUGAAUGAAAACUUGAGGAUUGGAGGAGGUUUAUUUCAGCCAAAAGCUGUGAAGGACCGGAGACAUUCUCUUCCUCAUACAUCUCACCCUGAGAGCAGUAGUUCCUGCUUAUCCCAGCAGAGACCCAAAGCAUCAGUUAACACAGGGGAGCACGAUCAGAAAAAAGAUAGACUGGAGAAUAGAAACCACAAAACCUCCCAUUGUAGCAACAUGCCUUUACAGAAGGAAUCAAGCACCACUCACCACAAGACUAGUCCAGAGGGCAGGGUAUCUCUAUCUGCAAAGAGAAAAAGGGAUGGAAGUAUGGAGAGUGAGAAGGAAAUGAAACGACCAUGUGCUGAUUUCCAACCCACUUCCAGCGCUUCCAUUAUAAACUCGCCUACAAAGUUCGUCAAACGUAUUUUUGUGAAUUCCAGCAAUGACUCUGUGAUAACUAUAAAGGACAAACUGUCCCCUAAAAUGCUUCCUGCCGCACCAAACAGCAACAACCCGAGACCUCUGCCUUCCUUCUCCAGUCAGCUUUUUAAACCAUCUGAGGACUCAAAUAUGGGGAGUGACAGACCUCACUCAUUUCAACCCACGAAAUCACCCACUUCAGAGCCUAAAGAUGCUCUGGUGGCACGUGCCAACAAAAAUCCCAAAGCUCCACCCAGCCAGCCGCAUUUGCGCAAAGUCUCUCCGAAGUCGAGCACAACGUUCGACAGCAUCGAGACACACUUUACGCCAGACUCCUGCUUACCGUUGCCCAAAACUCAUAACAAAAAAUCAAAUGCUGAGACUUGCACACUAACAAGCCCCUCUUCCAACCAUAAGGAGAGUGUUAAAAGUCGCUCGUCCCCUCAUCAUCCUGAUCUGAGAUCUCCCAGCUUUGCAGAACAAGCCAGUUCAUGUAAGAUGGAAGAGGAUGAAAGAACGCAGUUGAAAGUGGAGCAGUCACGCAGCCCCAAGGCUAUCAUGCCUGACCCAGCUGUGUCGGUGAAAGUAGAAGGAUCAAGAGAACAGAAGUACUGCCCCCAGUGGAAAGAUCCCUUAGAUAUUGAGUUGGGAGACGACUCCGGCGAUGAGCUGAGAGAGCACUGCAAUAUCAGCCUGAGCAGCAGCAGCAGUGGUCAUGAAGAUGAGCCACUGCCAUCUCUGGAGAAGCUGAUGAGUCGGAGAGACCACGUGCCCGUUACUCCCGAAAAAGAUGCUUUCUCAGAGCCCAACACACCGAUCUCAAAAACAGUACCAGAGGCAGUGAAAACCAAAGCCGUUAGUUAUAAAAAUACACUGGAGCAGAUGCUGCAAGAGAAGGAACAAUAUCAGAGGUCAAAAGAGUUGGAGAGACAGUUACUUGAGUCAUGUGAAGAGGAUCUACUGAAUUUAGAUGAGGAUGAGAACAGUGAAAGUAAAGAGGAAGACAUCUCACUUGAGCAAAGAGAAUUUUUGCAAAGGUUCUCGGUCGCCUCAUGUGCCAUCAGGGACAUCCACCCAGGAGAGGAAGUGUUCAUGCCUGCUAGGUUUGGUCGGCUCUUCAACCACCAGACGUUGGACCUGAGAAAGAUUAGUGUGACCCCACACAACAGAUCACAACAAAUCCUCUUUCAGGCCCGUACUGAGCUUGUGCUGUCUCUGAUCAGUGCUGGCUUGUUGAGGAAAGCCUACUUUUCUUUCCCUUGUCAGCCUGAGGUUACACGUUGGCUUUUCCAGAUGAUGUCAGUUCACCCAAACCCCAUUAUUUCCUCACACAUCAUGCAGUCCUUGCAAACCAUUGCUCUGUCUGCUGCUCAACACAUAGUUGAACGCCAGGGCCAGAGUUUUAAAGUGUGGGUACCCUCUGUACGGGACAUCACCCUGGUUUUCCUGAACAUGGGGGCGUCAUUUAUCAGUCUGUUCCCUCUAGAGGCUCUGCAACCCCCUUUUACUGAGGGAGACCUUUUAGAGAGCUUUCAGCCGGAAGAAGCCAGCCAAGAACGAGUGAUAUCUGACAUGAAAGACAAUGCCAAUUUACCAGUACAUAAUUUGGAGAGUGUUCUCAAGUACCUCUCCCUGUGUACUGCAUUGUGUUCGAGAGCAUACACUGAUGAGGAGCUGCUGUUGCUUCUGACAGUGGUGUGUAGAAUUGGACUGGAGAUUCAUUUUCAGCUGCUACCAACUGGACACUUUAGCCUCCUGCUUCAGAAUCUGCUUAAAAACAUCGCACACUGGGAUGAACAGAUAUCUAAAACUUGUCAGAUCCUGACUGAUUUGUCAGAAGAUCAUCAUAACCUCAGGAGACUUGUUUAUCUUCUGCCAGAUAGUAGUCGUGGAAAGCAAUUAAAACGACACCUGAGUGUGUCUAUCAUCUCAAAGCUUUUGAAUCACACCUGCACUUACAUACCCUCAGGGACAGAUUUUAAGCUCUCUGAGCUGAAACGUUUCCUACCUCAAAUGCGUCCUUCGUCCCUGCUGAAAGCCCUCAGGUCUGCAGGGAGAGCAGAAGAUUGUGAUGCCACUUUAGACCAACAAGCAUAUUACCUCUGCUACAGCCUUUUGACUUUGACAAAUGAAGCCUCCAAUUUUGAGUUUCUACCCUCAGCUCAAAGAAACGAUCUGCGGAGUCUUUCUUCUCAGCUGGAGAAGCACAUUAAGUGUGACAUAAGGGAGAGCGAGAAAAUGCUGUACAGGAGCAAGGUGAAAGACUUCGUGGCAAGGAUAUACACCAAGUGGCAGGUGCUUCUCACACGAACGAGGCCUCAGGAGGGGAAGCUGUAUGAUUACUGGAAGCCCCCACCAGAGGAUGAGUUGCCCAGCAGUCCUCAGGACCAGUCCUGCAUCAAAUCACAAGACACUUCCGAGAGUGCAGAAGAAACUCAGACUGCAGACUGGAGCGGUGCAGAGUCAGAUGAAGAUGCUGAGAGCAAAGAGGAAGAAGAGAACUCGCCCAAAGAGUGUGAGGAAUCUCAACCUCUGGAGGGCGAUGUGAAGAUCGAACAAGAUGAUGAAGAUUGUGUGGAAGACCUCAGUGAUGCAGAGGAGAAAAAUGAUGAACCAAAGCAGCAGCAAAUGGAGCUAGAGGAUGAUAGAAAGUAUGAACCAAUAUCCGACGAAGAGCUGUUUGGAAGUCAGGAAGACUUGGAGCGUGAGGUGAAGAUCGAACAAAGUUAUGAAAAUUGUGUGGAGGACAUCAGUGAUGCAGAGGAGAAAAAUGAUGAGCCAAAGCAACAGAUGAGAGAGCUACCUGAUGAUAGAAAGUUUGAACCAAUAUCUGAUGAAGAGCUGUUUGAAAAUCAGGAAGACUCCGAGUGUGAGGAUGAAAAUGAUCUCACGGAAAGACAGGAGAAGCUAGUGGAUGAUAGAAAGUUUGAACCAAUAUCCGACGACGAGCUGUUUGAAAGUCAUGAAGAAUUAGAGUGUGAAGAUGAUGAUGAUCUCAUGAACAGAGAGGAGGAGCUUCUAAAAGAUGAAGAGCCUCAUGAAGAAAACAGAAAGCACAUACCUGAGAUGUUAGAGGAGCUUGAGGACUUGUUAGAGAAAGAUAAAGAGCUGUUAGCGAUGAAAUAGGAAAUGAAGAAAGAGUUUUGAGUCUGAGAAAGAAUACAAACAUUCUCAGGUCAUUUUGAGAGAUUUUUACAUCGCACCUUUGUUGCCAUCCUUGCAUAUUAUGUGAGGUUUUGGAGUCUUUCAGUAACACACGUCAUGCAUGUAACUGUUUACAUCUUGUUUAUAAUAUAUAUUGUGUGUGUGUGUGUGUUCUGCAUUUACCAGUUGUCCUUAAUUUGUUUUUACAAGAUGCUUCUUUUUUAAGAUGUAAGAUGUCUUAUUAAAUGUUUGGCCUCCGUUUUUCUGAAACAUAUUUUUAUGUACAUACGUUUCAUUAGUAAUAACUUGUAAUGUCUAUGUUGUUAAUGUGCACACUGGUAGUUUUCAGGAUCUACUCUUUAUGCUGCUGUCUAAUCUAUUCCAUUUAUUUUUUUACUUUGCCAAAAAUCUGGGGCAUCUUUAUCCAGAAAAAUAUUACUAUAACAGCACAAGCAAGGGCUUAAAUAAUAGUCAUCUUUUUCUGUAGGUUCCAAGGAUGUUUAAGCAUCUCAGUAGGUUUUGAGUACAGAGUGAAUAUAGUGUAUUUUUAUUAUUAUUUAGUUGUUAGCCAUCCGGUCUUCCUUGAAAAAGACAGUGAUGUUUGUCAUAAGGAAUAUUUAAAAACUGAUUUCUGUAUUUCUUAAAAAAGAGAGAGCGAUAAAAUCCUUUGGUUAUUUUUAUGAAAAUAAACACUUGUU